UGGUUGACAAUAAAUUGUCAACUCAUCAUUGGAUAUUUCCGUAAAAUGAAUUGACAAUAAUAUUACCUAUCUAACGGUCGGGUUUUUUGUUGUUGUUGUUGUUGUUGAAAAUUUUAAAUAUUUUCGAAUGAUUCGAAUGAAAAAAAAAUGGAUUGGAUUCCUGAUACAACCGAAACCAAUUAUGAUAAUAAAAAUAGUGAAUCGAAUACAACUGAUGAAGAAUCAUUAGACUCAAACAUAUUGAUUUUUAUUAUAAUAGUAUGUGUAAUAAUCAUAGUUAUAUUGACAGUAUUUAUAUGGAUAUUAUGUUGUCGAUUUUAUCGUACAAUGACAUUGGCCGGUAUGCUUGAACAAAGACAAAAAAAGAAAAUGGAAAAAAUUAAACGUAAAUUAGUUAAAGAAUUAUCAACUAAAUUUCGUGAUCCAGAUCAAAGUAGUAGUAAUACAAUAACAAGAACAACAAUUGGUAGAUCACAAAAAGAUGAACAUGAAUUUAUGAAUCAUUUAGAUUCAGAAAUUUCAUUACCAUUGUUACAGACACCGACUAAUUUACAUGAUAAAACUAACGAAAAUCUUCGAAAACUUAGGACAAAACCAACGGCAAGACUACAUUCAAAACAUCCAUCAUUACUAUUAACACCAUCGAAACGUUUUGAAAGUUUAAAAAGUAUAAAAACAUGAUAAAUAAAUAAAAAAAUUAAGAUUUUUUUUUUCCUUAAAAUUUCGAAAAAAUCUCUUUAUUUUUUCGACGACCCUAUUGGGUCGAAAUAAAAAUU